ACAGCGCUUGGUUUACUGUCUGACAUCAGGUCGAUACCACCUGGUAGAUCUCUCGGUGCGCCAAAUGGGACGAGACUAGACCCCAGCAGGUCAAUCAUCCACAUGACGCUUCAAUGAAUCCACUUUGAUUAAAUGUACGCUAUUUUCUGUCAAAUAUGACAAUAUCGGUACAUCCUCAAAAGUUUGAAUUGAGGUGGUUGGAAGUUAAAUUGAACACGAACACCCCUGAAGAGAGCGAAUAUUCCCGAGACUGCAUGCAGGGUGUUUUUUGCUAUGGUUGAUCCGCACUGUAGAUGACAGUAAGCGCUUCCGCAUCGACCCGUAGCGUGCUGUCAUUGCGGGAGAAUGAAGAACGCAAAAUGUUGCAUAUUAAAUCAAACACCAAGGAGACGAACACGGAUUAUACAAUGUAUCUAUGUGGUGGGGUUCAUGGACCUGUUUGGGGUGAGCUUGAUCAUUCCCCUGCUGAGUCACCAUGUCAAGGCCCUUGGGGCCAGCCCCACCGUGGCAGGCUUAGUAGGCUCCACAUAUGGGAUCCUACAACUCUUCUCUAGCACUAUAGUGGGCAGCUGGAGUGACGUGGUCGGGAGGCGAUACUCUAUGCUGAUGUGUCUGCUGCUGAGUGCUCUGGGCUACGGCCUGCUGGGGAUGUCCACCAGCAUCGCCCUAUUUCUCCUGGCUAGGAUCCCUGUGGGGCUGUUCAAGCACUCCCUGUCCAUCUGCCGGGCCCUGCUGUCUGAUCUGGUGUCUGAGGUGGAGCGCCCCCUAGUGAUGGGACACUUCAACGUGGCCUCCAGCAUGGGCUUCAUCUUGGGACCCGUGGUGGGGGGCUACCUCACUGAACAUGACGGAGGCUUCUACACCGCAUCCUUCACCUGUGCCGCCAUCUUCCUCCUCAACACAGGUCUAGUUUGGCUGCUUCCCUGGAGCGAUGCACUAACCCCACGCACCGAUGCUAACUCCAACAGCAGCGCUAGCAAUGCCAGCUGCCACGACAACGACAACCACUUCACGUCAACACAUCAAAACUGCUCCCAAGGCAACAGCGACAACCAAACGACAGCGCCGGCGGCAGCGGUCACGGGAUCCGUGGCUCCAGAGAAGAACCAGAGGAGCUGGAACUGGGAUCUGGACUGGGGGGAGGUGUCCCUGCUCCCUUCUGCCUGGCGUCAGCUCUCUUCGGUGGGCUCCAAGAUUAGCAGUGUGGCCUCCUCAGACAUGUGGGACCUGUUCCUGGUGCGUCUGCUCAUGGCCAUGGCCAUAAUGCUGUACUACAGUAACUUCUCCCUGGCCAUGGAGGAGCGCUUCAUGCUGAAGCCCAAAGCCACAGGUUAUCUAAUCAGCUACAGCUCUACCCUGGGAGCCCUAGCCGGGUUCUUGGUGGGACCCAUCACUAAACUGUACGGUAACAACAUGUCGGCGCUGUUGCUAUACUCUUCGGUCCUCACGUGUUGCCUGAUCCUGCUCUACGCCGUAGCGCCCAGUGUCUGGCACGUGUUUUUAUGUUCCACUUUCAUCGCCAUCUCUACAACCAUCGGACGCACCUGCAUCACUGACCUGAUACUGCAGAAAGGGGGCGCUCACGACAGCGGCACACUCAUCGGGGCGGGGCAGUCAGUGACCGCGGUGGGGCGCGUGCUCGCACCCCUACUCUCGGGGCUGGCCCAGGAAUUUAGUCCCUGUGGGCCCCCGAUUCUGGGGGUAGGGCUGGCGUUAGCGGGCAUCGUCCUGCUGUUGGUCAGGGUGCCAAAAUGGGAUGAGAGGGGCAAGAGGAAAGAGGCACAACUCUGAGUCACUCACAGUGAGAGAGUGAAUGAAUGAGAGAGUGAAUGAAUGAGAGAGGGUGAAAACUACCACAGCACUGGAGACUGGAGACUGAUGCAGAACUGUUGGGGCUGGUUUUUGUUGACGUGUCAUCUGGGGGUUGUUUCAUUGUUUGUUUUUUUAGCCACAACUCCAGCUCUGUUGGUUGGGUCUCGAUGUGAUGACAUCACAGCACCGAUAGGACCCAGGUCAUCAUCAGCAUCGCUCUUCCCCCCACUUCAGUCCCCCAAACAGACCGGGUCAUCAUCAGCAUGGCUAUUCCCCACUUCAGUCCCCCAAACAGGCCGGGUCAUCAUCAGCAUGGCUAUUCCCCACUUCAGUCCCCUAAACAGACCGGGUCAUCAUCAGCAUCGCUCUUCCCCCACUUCAGUUCCCCAAACAGGGGAGAAUGCAAAAAGUUCAGUGUUGCCAAGGCGACCGUGAACAAAGCCAGCAACCCUCUGUAAAAGGAAUGGGAAGUUGUCCAUGCUAAGUUAGCUUAGCGUAGGUCAACAGCAUGUCAGUGGCUCAUUAGGUUCUUAUAACCUAGAAAUAUUCAAAUGUUUAUGUCUCUAGUGAGAGGCAAUAAUUCAAUUAAAAACAACAACAUAUAAGUCUAAUGUUACUCUAAUGUAAUCCUGCUCUUCCUUAAUAACCACUACAAAUAGUCCAGGAAAGUAUUGGUACUGAGAAUGCUAAUUUCCCCCAAAUGCUCUGUUUCUGACCUAUCUUAUGAGGGUGGACAGCAGAUGAAGGGGCUCCUCUUUCCUCUCUGGCGCCACAUUCUAUUUUCUCUCCCUUCUCACAGAAGUGUGCACUCCGUCACCCUCCCUUUAAGGGUUGAACAUAUUUGGAUUGGUGUGAAUACAUCCACACCAAUCCAGUGCUUUUGAAUCCUUUUGUGUGAGUGAUCUAGUACACACUGGGGAAACGGAUCAAGAACCUUAACUGAGCUUGAGUACUGGUUGUCCACAGGCACAUAUCUAGGAUUCAUUUACCCUUCCUAAACCCUAAAAUCCUAAACCCUAACCACGCGUGGGGAAGUAAAACACAUUUUCCAAGGAUCUUAGGUCAGUGUCUGUGGGUAACAUCAUCGUACUUCCUUUAACCACUACGGUAUCAGGGCCUUUUCAAUGGAAAUGUUUACUUUUAUACAAAUAUAUCAUUUAUUUUCAAUUUUAAAUCAUUUAUUUUCCCUUAUUCUACAUUGUCCAUGUUGAGUUUAGUCUAAUUCAUAAAUGUACUGUUCAUUAUUAUUUAUAUAUGAAUGAUCUUAUUUUGAAUGGAGUUGCCCUUACACUGACCCAAAUGCUACUGAAUGUUAUGAAGACACUUAUUGUGCUGAAUGAUUCAUAUGAAGGAAGUAAAGAUCAUACCAUUUGACAAUAAAAUAAGUUUAUUCCUAAACAA